GAUAUCGUGCUGCUGACGAAGGAUGUCCAGGAAGGGGACACUCUGAACGCCAUCGCGCUGCAGUAUUGCUGCUCGGUUGCAGAUAUCAAGAGAGUUAACAAUCUUAUCAACGAUCAAGAUUUUUUUGCUCUGAGGUCUGUCAGAAUUCCAGUGAAAAAGUUCAGUGUAUUGACCGAAACACAUGUCUCUGCAAAAGGAAGACCAGUCCUCCGGCCUGCUCACUGUUCCCCAGAAGUGCAGGAAAUAUCACCUUCUGAUAAAUUCUCUGCUAACGAGACUGCUGGCAACUUCUUAAAAGAAGUGGAUAGAGAUAUAGAAGAAAUAGUGAAGUGUAAUGAUACGAAGAGAGAGAAUCUUAAUGAAGUUGUUUCUGCCUUAGCAGCCCAACAGAUCUGUUUUGAAACUGAUGGUAAAACUAAAAAAUGCAAGGAUCCUUACUAUGGAGCAGAUUGGGGUAUAGGAUGGUGGACAGCGGUAGUGAUUAUGUUGAUUAUUGGCAUAGUAACUCCUGUCUUUUAUCUCUUGUAUUAUGAAGUUCUAGUGAAAGCAGAUGUCAGUCACCAUUCGACAAUGGAAUCUUCGCAUUUGUUUGUCACAGCAGCAUCGCAUCAGAAACAAAUAGAAGAUGGAAUAAAUGCAGCGAAUAUUAUAAAUGUUGAUAAUUGAGGAGACCUUCAGCCUUAACAAUGGAAAACCCCACGCAACUGUUAUUCAGAGAUGUAACGUAGCAUUACAUAAAGGGGAAACCACAGAACGCAAAAGGCAUAUGGAAUGCAGAGAAAAUGCAUACUGAUGUGUGACUUGCCUUUAUGGGCAGUGUUCCAGUUGGGUAUUUCUGUGGAUGAUGCUAUCUCUGAAUAUGCCUGAGAUGGGCAAUUUUAAUGCAAGGUUGGGAUAUAA